AUGAAGCUCGGCAUCGCUGGAGUCACCGGCAAAUUCGCCCGCCGACUGCUCACCCACUUGCUGGACUCCAGCACCAGCAAUGGACAAGAAUCGCUGACAGUCAAACGCUACUGCCGCGACCCUGCCAAACUACCUUCCUCUCUAUCCUCGUCUCCCAGACUCGAACUCUUGCAAGGCAGCGGACCACGAGGCGCUCGCCUCCUCGGUGACGAUAAGCUCAUGGUCGAGGGGCAAAAGGCGCUCAUUGACGUCUGCGACGCGGCUACCCCGCCAGUGCCCCGGUACGUCUCUAGCGACUGGGCACUAGGCUACACGAAACUGAAGCUGCGCGAGCUGUUCCCCAAGGACCCCAUGAUCCACGUGAAGGAAUACCUGGAAAGUAAGCGGAACGUGACCAGCGUGCAUAUACUAGUGGGUGGGUUCGUGGAGCCGAUCUUCAGCUCCUUUUUCGGGAUCGUGGAUGCAGACAGCGAUGUCAUUCGCCAUUGGGGCGAUGGUAGCGAGAUUAUGGAGGGGACGACGUAUGAUGAUGCUGCGCGGUUUACAGCGAGGACUGUGCUUGAUUGCCAGGCAAGCGGUGUUUUGAGGUGCCGCUAA